UUAGUAGCCCGUAGGUAUAGAUUCUUAUUAAAUUGAGCUAAAGCAAAAUAUAAUCUUAGAAUAUAAUUAUGGUAUUCUAACUAAAACUAAAAUAUUGAAUAAGCUUUUGGUACCAAUUCAAUCAAAAAUAGAAUGAUCAUAAUACUAUAUACUCUUCUACGUGUUUUGUUAACAUCAUUAUUGACUGGACAGUAUACGCAGUGCACUAUAUUUAUAUAAUGUCGUAAGCGUAAAACAAACAUGCCGAAAAUUACAAUCGAAAUAUUAUAUUAUUUUAUAUUUAUGAUGUUUUAAUGGUAAAUAAUAUUAUACAUCAAUACAUUCAUACGGCUCUUGGCUGAAAUUAACAACGGCUGGUAACUAUGAGCAAUAGUUCGUCUGACGUUGUUAUUCAAAUAAAAAAACAAUAUUGUUAUACACUCAUAUUGCUUUUAGGCAAUUGAUGCCAUACCAGUAUAUAAUUUUAUUUUAACGAUUUUGAGAUCGUUUGAGGAACGGUGAAAAAUUCUCGAAAUAUUAUCAUGACAGACUACGCUCAAGAAUUUACCGAAAUGACAGAGGUCGCUAAAACUAUGAUACCUCUGAUGCGGGACAUGGAUGACAGGGCCAUCACCGAAAAGUGGAUCGCUAGAGCAAAGUCUCUACAGAGCAGAGACGUGAACGUGUUGAAACACCGGAACAAUUUCAUGAAAUAUUUCAUGGGGGUCGUCAGGAAGACGAUCGCCGAGACCGGUCAGUCUCCGACGUGCUGUAACUGGGGAAAACCUGAGCCCGGACCUUUCGAUAAGCCAAUGCCUCCACCAAAACCUCUCCCAUAUCAAUGCCAUUGGACACCAGACAAACGGACCUACGUGGCCAUUCAACCGCUACCAAACCGAGGUGCUAUGGUGUACAUGGCCGUGGCCGAAAAACCGGAGCUAGGAUGGGAUUUCCCCAAAAAAGAAACAUAAUAGUUAUAUUAAGUGUCUGUAACAUAAAACUAAUAUAACAUACAAAAUGCACUAUAGCUGGUAUCUAAUACA